AUGGAUUUAUUAAGUAGUCAAGUUCAAUUAUUACAAGCUGCCUUAUUUCCGGUUCAUCCUAUACCAGGAGGUCUUAUAUCAUCGGAAUGUAUUCAAGACCGUUUUGGAAUAAUAAGACGUGAUUUAGAUUCAGUGUUGCCAAUAACAACGAGUGUGUACAAGUAUCGUGAAGUUGACGUUCAAUUGACAGAUGUAGUAGCGCAAGAACCACGUUGGCCAACAGAGUGUAAAGUUAUAGCUGAACGAAUACGACAUAUUGAUUACAUUCCACCAAUACCAGAGCCGUAUUAUAUACCAACAAAUCGUGAACCUAAACCUAAACCAGUUAGUGAUGAAUUUGGUACUGUUAUAUUUAAUUAUUGUCCGACGAGUGUUACUAAUUAUUUUAGUAGAUCUUGUAUCGGUGGUACGUCAAUCGAUUCAGUAUCGUCAUAUUUAGUUGACAUCGAUGACCAUAAUGAUUUACAAUUCGAAUCACGUUUCGAGUCUGGUAAUCUAGGAAAAGUUAUUAAAAUAACUGAUACUUAUUACCAGUUAUAUUUACGCAAAGAUCUCUACACUCAACGUCACAUGCAGUGGUUUUACUUUAGAAUUUCUAAUACUCGCAGCCGUACGAUAUAUCGACUGUCGAUAGUUAAUCUAUGCAAAGAAGACAGCCUUUACAAUGAAGGACUCAAACCGUUGCUGUAUUCUCUUAAAGACGCAAAUCUUCAUUCCGUAGGAUGGCGGCGCUGCGGCGAAAAUAUAAGUUACUACAAAAACGACUCGUCGGAUGAAGAACGCGAAAAACACACAUUAACUUUCAAUAUAACCUUUCCACAUGACCAGGACACAGUUUAUUUAGCACAUUGUUAUCCAUACACGUACAGCGAUUUGCAAGAGUAUUUGUCAAAAUUAUCUAGCGACCCUGUUAAAAUAAAGUUCACAAAACUACGGCUACUUUGUCGUACACUAGCGGGUAAUUGUGUUCAUUACUUGACAAUAACAGCACCGAAUAAUAAUGAUGAGGGUAAAAAGAAGAAGGGUAUUGUUAUAACGGCACGUGUACAUCCUGGUGAGACUCCUUCAAGUUGGAUGAUGAAAGGAAUAAUUGAUUUUUUGACUGGCGAAUCAAAUCAGGCACGAGAACUGAGAGAGAGAUUUAUCUUCAAAUUAGUGCCGAUGCUAAAUCCAGAUGGCGUAAUUGUCGGCAAUAAUAGAUGCUCUCUAAGUGGAAAAGACUUGAAUCGUCAGUACCGUACAGUAAUGCGGGAAAGUUAUCCAUCUGUUUGGCACACGAAGCUGAUGAUUCGCCGUCUGAUGGAAGAGUGUGGGAUCGCGAUGUACUGCGACUUGCAUGCGCACUCGCGAAAGCACAAUAUUUUUAUAUACGGAUGUGAGAGCAAACGUGCUAAUUGCUAUGGGAAAUUGGCUGAACAAAUUUUCCCACUUAUGUUACACAAAAAUGCUGCAGAUAAAUUUUCAUUCGAGAAUUGUAAAUUUUAUAUUGAAAAGGGCAAAGAGGGCACUAGUCGCGUUGUCGUUUGGCUGAUGGGCAUUCAGAACAGCUACACAAUGGAGGCUUCUAUGGGUGGAUCGAAAUUAGGUUCGCGCAGCGGAACCCAUUUUUCGGCUCAAGAUUAUGAACAAAUUGGAAAGGCCUUUUGCGAAACUCUUAUUGACUUUUCGGAUGACGAUCCUAUGAAGGAAAAAUUGCGUAAUAAAAUAUUAUUACGGCUGAUCAAAGAAGGAUCAAGUGCCGACGAGCCGACGAAUAUAAAUCUUACAGACUACUCGAGCGACGAGGGGGACGACAGCGAGAGUUCAGAAGAAGAAAAAAAUCGUCGGGCAUUGGAUUUACCAUCAACCGAUCCCGGGAGUGAUAUGUGCUGCGAUUUAAUUGAGGACGAGUUUACUACCCAGGAAACUCAAGUACGGAAAGAAUCCACAGUUACUAUCACGACAGAGCUUACUACUAAAAAAUUAAAUGAUGAUUUUCCAAUACGAGGAAAUCCAUCACCAUUUCUUGAUGAUUUACUUGAUGACAAAUCAGUUAAAUUGCGAUUACGAAGCCCCCGGCCUAGAUCGAUACGACAUCUAUCGCCCGUAUUACGAAAUAAUGACAUACAGAUGAAACUGACGUCUUUGAGGCAGCAAAUAUGGGCGACAGGUGUCUUGAUGAAUCAAGAUGUUGAUAAUUUAUUUGAAAAGAAUACAAUUGAUAGUGAGCUGUCUGAAUUUGCGUUGGCCAAUAAUGAGAGCGAAGCUGUACUCAACGAUAGAGCAGAUGAAAAAAAAUCUAGUGAUAAAAAGAAAUCUAAACGUGAUAAGACUGAAAAUUUUAAUUCUGCUGAAAAUUUAGCGCCUAAAAAAAAUGAUUCAUUGGAUGGAUUAAAAUUAUUUGGAAUAGCUAAAUUACCCAAAGCACAAAAAAUGAAUAAUAAGCAAGACUCACGGAAUAAAUUUCGUAAGACUGGAUUAGUUGCAAGUGCGGCUGUUCAUGUAGCGAAGGUUAAAAGCAAAUCGUCAGAAAUUUCAUCUGAUUUAGGAGGUAAAAAUUCAAGUUCAAGUUCUGAUGAAAUUUUGGUUCCGAUUUCGACUGCCACGAGGCCAAGAACAAACCGUAAAAAAAUAAAUGAAAGACGGAAACUUCACGCUUUUAGUGCAAAUGUUUUGUUAAUUAGUUCAAGUAAAAAUCGUGAUAAAUAA